AUGGAGGAGGAUGGCAGAGAAAAAGAGCAGAGGGAUUCACCUAAUACGUCAGAAAAUAAAGAGAAGGACCGCUUCAAAACCUUUUUCACAGAACUGCGCACCCUACUGCAAACUCAUGGCUAUCCUGUAAAAGGAGACAGAUCUAAAACAGCGCAGAGCACUACUGCUGUGUCGCAGGAGGAAGGCAAAGACAAUCCAGAAACCUCUACCGAAGAAUCUAAUUGGAUUCCAUCAUUCCAUACCUAUGAAAACUUCAACCAUAUGACACUACAAUCAUUAGAUGGCUUUAUGAUAAUACUGAGCACAGAUGGAGUGAUAAUUUUCGUGGAUGAAAAUAUCUCUUCUCUCCUUGGCUAUUUACCAGAUGAGAUCAUGGGUAAAACAUUAUUAAGGCUUCUGCCUGAUCAAGAGAAAAAUGAAGUCUGUGGAAAGAUUGUUCUGGAAUUUCCUUUGUUGUACACAGUAGGAAAACGUAUUGAUUUUUGCUGUCAUUUAAGAAGAGGAAAUGUUCAACAAGGUAGCAGCCCUACUUAUGAAUAUGCGAAAUUCAUUUUGAGUGUGAAAGAUAUUUCUAAUGAGCCUUUGGUUCUCUUCGGUAGUAGCUUCUUCCCCAGCCACUCCUACGCUGAGUCAUCUGCUAUGGAUCUUCCUUUGAAGGAUCGGUUUUGUCUGGUGGGGACUGUUUGUAUCCUCAGGACUCAGAUCCUACGGGAACUUUGCACUGCAAAGGAAGCUGGUGAAGACAUUCCACCAAUAGAAGAUUCAGAUGAGGAACAUCUAUCUGUGGACCACAGGAGUGUUCAAGGCCGAAGAAGUUCUAGAAGGGAUUCCCUGCGUGAUGAACCUGCUGCCGCUGCCUCAGACGUAUCGGUCAAGCAGUGUAGACCACAAGAAUCUGUUCCUGUAAUUCAGAUAGAGUCUGAUACAUCUUUGGACUCCAACGUAUCUUCUCCAGAAACCAUACCUGAAUCUCCAGCUACAUCAUCUUUGCAAAGCUUUGAAUUCGACCGUGAAGUGGAAGACGUGGAUGAGGUGGGAGAGGUGGAGCAGGUGGACCAGAUGGAUGAGAUGGAAGAGCUGGAGCAGGUGGAUGAGGUGGAGCAAAUAGAGCAGGUGGAGCGGGUGGAGCAGGAGGCCCAGGUGGAGCAGGUGGACCAGGAGACUGUCUCAUCAUCCAGCGUGGCUGCUGGCAUCAGUGAUCAGCCAUUACAACCACCAUCAUCAAUUGCGUCGUACAUCAACAGACGUGAGCUGGAACUGAUGAAGAAAUUCAAGGAGCAGCUGGAAGAGAAGACUCAGAUGCUGCAGGCUGACAUCAGGAGCCAGCAGAAUGCACUGGAAAUGAUGAGGGAGCAGCUUCAGACAAUGCAGGAUUCUAAGUUUCAGAUGCAGCCAAACACCUCACUCCACAUUGAAAGUCCUCAGUCCCCGUCUUCGGAGCCAGUGCCCAAGAAACAAUGCACUGAGCAAAUGAAGAGGUCCCUCCCAGAUCUCAAGGAGGCCAAACAGUUCUGUGGUUCAUAUUCAUCUCACUCUUUCAAAUUCUCUGAAGAGCGUGGGGAGCCUUACAAUGCCUCGACACAGCAGCACCUGCAGGAGCAGGAACAACACCUGCGGCAGCAGCUGCAACAGAUGCAGGAGCAACAGAUGCAGCAGCAGAUGCAGGAGGAGCAGCUACAGGAACAGCCACCACAGCAUAAUGUCAUUGUGGAAAAUCAGACACCGCAAAUAGGCCUGCCAAACCAAACUGGCCUCUCUGUGCCCCUCUAUGAUGAUCCUGUGACGUUCAUACAGACCCAGCCCAUCGUUCCUGUCCAAUUAGGAGCUGAGCAACAGCCCUCUGCGUACUAUCAGGAUGAAAACCUUGGGGGCCCGAAAGAUGAGAGUCAUAGUUUUCUUCCUGAGGACCAGCAGGGGUCCUCCAUGAAUCUGCUGCCCAUGGCACAUAGCCCAAGCUCGGAGAUUGCCUCUACCAGUUUUGCUCAAUGUCUCAUUGGUUCUGACCCAAACUUAGCCUCCCUGGAGACCCCGCAGGAGUACAUCCAUCUUUGGCAACAGCCACCAGAUCCACAGCAUCACCUUUACCUCCAAGACAAUAUUUGGACUUCCAGUGAGCAGGCCGAUCUGCAAGACCAAGCCGCCUGGCCCCAGCAGGCACCAGUUCCUGAAGCAGGAGCCCGAGGACCUCCAGUUCCAGAGGCUUUCCAGGCCCCUGCUGAAUAUCCGCCAGGCAAAAUCGGCUAUUUCGUGCCUGCAGAGCAGUCCGACUUGGAGCAGCAGCAGCAGCAGCAGCAGCAGCAGCAGUACUUUCAGACCAAGCCUUGA